AUGGCCACACCCGUAGAAGAAGAGCAGAUUCGAGAAUUCUACUACAUCAGUUGCCGCAAUGAAGGCUGUACCAUUAACGAAGCCUCAGAACGUAGCCUCGAAUACAUCAAACAAAUCCACAACGCAGAAAUGUCUUUGACGACUACAGCGUAUCUAGAAGAGGUAUUCCAAAAUAGUAGAUUACGACCUCGGUACUCUUCGACUCCAUUGUCCUAUGAAGACAACUUAUUUAGGAAUAUCGCAUGUCCAUCGGAUUCGGGAUUUAGAAACAGUCAUGGCAGUUUCGAUCACAUUUCUGAGAUGAGGAGGGACGUUAUUCCUAGCUUCUUUGAGGGUACGCGUGAGCAGCAUGAGCAGAAUUGGAGUGGACCGGGUCUUCGCGCUCCAGAAUAUAUUCCUUCUCCCUACGACUACCGAAAUAACGCCACAGGAUUGCAAGAUAGGUUUUAUGGAUACCUUCGAAGCCAUAAUAGGCCUGUGCCACCUCACCAGUCUUCCUACCGUCCUCGUACUCAUCCACCCCGUGAGUCUUAUUACACCACGGAAGACCGCCAGCCACCUUCAGCCUAUGAUUCUUACGCGUCGGCCUCCACUUACUCUUCAUAUCCUCCAGUACCAGACAACUUUGAACCUUACGCGUCUCCUGAUUCGCGUACCACCGACUCUCGGCCCUCGUUUUGCUCUGGUGCUCGUCCUUCUGUCUUCUACACCCGACGACAACCACCACCACCACCACCCCGCUUUACGUUCUACUCGGCGUUUGAAUCAUCCAACAACUCCUCCAGUGACCAAACACCUCCCUCAUACCCCUACACCCGGCCCUCACCACGUUGUCGUCCUGUCCCUCCACGACCGCAAGGUGUCCAACCAACCACAGAUUUAUACACUGUACUCGGUGUUACCCGAAAUGCUACAGCGGCUGACAUUAGGAAAGCGCAUCGAGCUUUGAGUCUGAGAUGGCACCCUGAUCGCCGCACUGAGCAGGAACAGAAGAAAGCGACUGAAAGGAUGGCGGAAAUCAACCAGGCGAAUGAUAUAUUGUGUAAUGAGGUAAAGAGGAGGUUUUACGAUCGAUGGAGCGUGUUGCCUAACGAGGAGUAG